UCUUAUCAGUAGCUCGAGACGGUGCAAGCUUCGUCGUGAGAAAAAUCGCUAUUUUUGCUUAGAAAACGGUACAAUUUCCCACCAACCACCGUUGCCGUGCGUUGCCAAGUCACGUUGGGAGCAAAAACUGUAAAAGUUUCGCGCGUAUCGUUGUGGUUUCGUGCGCUAAAGGGCAAAAAUCGUGCGUGCAGUGCCAGCCCAAUCAAUAAAAACAAUACACACAUACACGCGCACACACCUUCAUACACGCCACCCCACCUUUGACAGCUGAUUUGUAAAUAAUGCAUCUGAAAACAGUGUAAUCCCGUGAUUUGGUGCUGAAAAAACAGGCGAGGGAUUGACAAAUUGGAAAUAACUCAUUCGGAACAGGCAAAAGCCCAUUUCUUAGUGCGGACAGAAGCAAUUGGCCACCAUGCUGAACACGAACCUGGUCGUGCCCGUGGUGCUGUGGGGCCCCAACACACCUACACACUGCGUGUCGAGUGUGUUUCUGUCACGGGACCAGAAAAUCCUUGCGACGGGUUGCUACGACGGUCAGAUUUGUUUAUGGCAGGUGGACCCGGACACGCUGCAAAUGACACCGCGAUGUCUGCUGGUAGGGCAUACGGCACCGGUGCUAUGCCUGACGCGCGCGUCCAUCAUUCAGGACAACAACUUCCUGGUGAGCUCGUCCGAGAACGGCGAGAUGUGCACGUGGGACCUGGUCGAUGGCAAGUGCACGGAAAGCAUCAAGAUGCCGCAGGUGCACACCAACAUCCAGGCCUACCACAUGGCCAACUGUGACGACAUCCGGCUGUUCUGCAACGGGUACUAUGCGGAAAUCAUGGUGAUGGAUCCGUUCAGCCUAGAGGUGCUGUUCUGUCUCAGCUCGAAGGUGAACCCGGACUGGAUAUCGGCGUUGCACGUGCUGCGGCCGUCGAAGCGCAAGGACGACGUUGUGCUGGCCAUCACCACCACCGGCACGGUGAAAGUGUGGACGCUGCUCGGGAACGAAAACAAGUACUCGGAACCGAUCUACGAGAAUGAGUCGAAGCAGAUACGCUGCCUGAACGCGAUCACGAUGAACUGCUGCUCGCAGAACCAGCGCACGGUGCUGAUCGUGUGCGCCAAGUACUGGCAGAUAUAUGACGCGGGUGAUUUUACCGUGCUGUGCAGCGUCAUUUCGCCCUCGGGCGAGCGGUGGAUGGGUGGCGACUUUCUGUCCAACGAUCGGGUCAUCCUGUGGUCGGACGAAGGCAAGGGAUACUUGUUCCGCCUGCCCGCGAACAGCAUCCCGGACAAUAAGGACUUCCACGGCCCGUCCGUUGGCAAGGAUACACCCUUUCUGUACUGCAUUUUGUCGCAAACGGGCGAAAAGCCGCUGUCCUGUCCGCCGACGAUGAAGCUGGUUACCUCCAAUCGGAGCGGCAAGACGCAGAAGUAUCUGCUGCGGGGUGAUUCCGAAGGCUACGUAAAUAUCUGGGCAGUGCCGGAUAUUUCGAUGGAACAGAUUAAGCAAAUACAAACGCAGAAGCAACAUCCCGCAUCUCUGGAAUCAACCAUUUGCACCUCGCUGCUGGAAGCGUGGAACAAAAUGAACCCCCUUCCGGUGGGAAUAUUGGAUCAGCUUUAUCAAAACAGCGAACCGAUGAUCAAACUUACCGCCAGCAUUUACUUACCGCAGCAAAGUCGUCUAGUAGUCGGUAGGGAAGACGGAAGCAUCAUUAUCGUACCGGCUACGCAGACCGUAAUGCUGCAUCUGCUUCAUGGAAACCAUCAGCAAUUCAGUGACUGGCCGCCGCAUCAAAUCCUAAACGGACACAGUGGAAGGGUCAAUUGUUUGCUUUGUCCAUCGCUGGCCCAUUCGCGCUAUGAUAAAUCUCACCUCGUAUCCGGCGGUGUGGAUUUCGCCGUCUGUCUCUGGGACCUGUACAGUGGUUCGCUGAUUCACAGAUUUUGUGUGCAUGCGGGAGAGAUUACCCAGCUGCUAGUUCCACCACCGACGUGCAGUCCUCGCAUCCUUAAAUGCAUUUGUUCGGUAGCUUCGGAUCACUCGGUCACGCUGCUUAGUCUGCAGGAACGGAAAUGCGUCACACUUGCCAGUCGCCAUCUGUUUCCGGUAAUUUCGAUCAAGUGGCGUCCGCUAGAUGAUUUCCUGAUCGUCGGCUGUUCCGAUGGUACGGUGUACGUAUGGCAGAUGGAAACUGGCCACCUGGACCGUGUGCUGCACGGCAUUCUUGCCGAGGAGGUGCUGAACGCGUGUGACGAGAAUAGUGGCGAAACGGGUAGCAGCACCGGAUCGACGUCGGAAAUGGGACUGGCCAACCCGGCCGUUCAUUUCUUCAGAGGUUUGAGGCACCGGAACAUUAACGCGAUUCGUCACGCUACCCAACGUGGUAUACAUCAGCUGCAGCAGCUUCAUGCGCACAACAAUCAGCACGGUGACUUUUUAAUGAAGAACCGAAGCAGUCCCUUGAUUAUUCAGGGCUUGCGCACCAAUCCCAAAGACGCCGAGAGCCAUAUUCUUUUCUUUGACAUCGAAGGACUGAUAUUUGAACUGCACGCCGAAGAGUAUGCUGCCAUGAGUCCCAACACAUUGGAGGCUGAAGGACUGUUAAUUCCAACGGGAACCGAUAGCCACGCUUCCGAUGCUGGAAAGAAAAUAUCAGAUUUCUUUGGACGCGUUAAAAAUAAGGCUGGCGAUAUGGAGAAAAUACUAAAAGAGAAAGAUAAACAUGGUAUCCUUGCUAAGAUGAAGGAAGGUGCGGAGAAUGUGCAAACCAAGGUGCAGGCAAAGCUGGAAAGCGUCGUGAAAAAUGUCGGAGAAACCGGUAAGGAUUCCUCGGACAUUACGAAGAAAAUUGCCCCCCGCAUGGAAGCGACCCACGUGAUGGAGGUAGCACAGUUGCUACUGUCGCUAAUCCACUCCUGGGGACUCGAUCCGCACCUGGACAAAGUGUGUGAAACGCAGCUCGGGCUGUUGCGUCCCAUGAUUCCCGUUUCGUUCGGAGUGCUAUCGAAGGGAGGCUACAUGUCGCUGCUGUUGCCGACGUGGCAAAACAAUAUCGUUAUCAACUCAACGGCGGACGAGCUAAAGACGGCAGCAAUGACGCCGGAACAGUUCCGGCAGGAGGGCCUAACGAAGCUGUUCACUGCCCGGCUGCACUGGGAACUGAGCACGACCCUUACCUCGAACCACCUGCUGGCGAUGGUGGCAAUGUCCAACACGCUGAUGUCGAUGAAUAUGGCCACCUUCAUACCGGAGCAGGAGCGGGCCCGGAAGCUGCACCGCCAGUCAACCCGAGCCACCUGGAGCAAUGAGGAGGAGCAGGAGGAAGCGUUCACCCAGCAGCAGGCACAGAUCAAGCAGGGCUGGAGUUUGCUGUCAACGCAUCACUGCUUCCUGCUGCCGGAGAAGAUCGAUGCACUCGAUGCGAACAAUUUCAAGCGCCCCCAGGUGGAGAUGAUGGCUAGAAGGUGGCAGCAUCACUGUUUGGAAAUCCGAGAGGCAGCGCAGCAGCUGCUGCUCGGCGAGCUGGGACGGAUGGGGAAAAAGGGCCGCAAGCAGCUGGUCGAAAGCUGGGCCCAGUAUCUGCCGAUGUACACGCACACGGAACCGAUCGUGCAGCAGGCACCCGCCACCGGACAGUCGAAUGCCGGCUCGCCCACCUCCAGUCCCACCGGCCAGCCGGGCCUGGAGCACGAGGAAGAGUCGGAGGAGGAGGAAGAGGUGGUGCGGAAACCGUCCAGCCUGGCGGAGCUGAAGCGCAAGCAGACCACCGCGGUCGUACUGCUCGGCGUGAUCGGUGCCGAGUUCGGGCAGGACAUUUCGGCGACGGACGGCAAGCGCAGCAACGAAAACCGCCGCAAGAGCUCCGUCGUCGAAGGGUUCGGCAUCGGCAAUAACAAUCUCGCCCGGUCGACGUCGAUGGCCCUCACGCAUCUGCUGCUGGCACCGGCGACGCAAAAACUGCCCGCCUUUACGCCGCUGCGCCGCGCGGCGAUUGAUUUGAUUGGGCGCGGCUUCACCGUCUGGGAGCCGUACAUCGACGUCAGCAAGGUGCUGCUGGGGCUGCUCGAGAUGUGCUGCGAUUCGAACCGGCUGAUACCGAGCCUGAACUACAAGCUGCCGCUGACACCGCAGGCCGACGCAUGCCGGACGGCGCGCCAUGCGCUGCGCCUGAUUGCGACCGCGCGGCCGGCCGCCUUCAUCACGACGAUGGCGCGCGAGGUGGCACGCUACAACACGAUGCAACAGAAUGCGCAGGCGAUAAGCGUCCCCAUUACGCAGUCGGUGCUGCAUCGGGCCAAGCGGGAGAUACUGCAGUGUGUCGAAAUGCUCAUCGAUAAGAUGCAAACGGAGAUCUCUAAUCUGCUCGUUGAGGUGAUGGACAUAACGCUUCACUGUGUAGACUCAGGCGAUCUUAAAAACAAAGGCCUCGCUGAGGUCAGUCCGUUGAUGUGCAAGUUCAAUCAAGUUUCCCACUGCAGCGCUUCGCGCCGUAUCGCUGUCGGUGCCAGCAACGGCCACCUAGCGAUCUACGAGUUGCGGCAAAACAAAUGCCAGAUGAUACCGGCCCACACGAAGCAGGUGACGGCGCUCGCGUUCAGCCCGGACGGCAAGUUUCUGGUAAGCUAUUCCUGUACCGAGAAUCGGCUCUCCUUCUGGCAGACGAGUGCCGGCAUGUUUGGGCUGGGUCAAUCGCAGACCCGCUGCAUCAAGGGCUACUCGACCGCACCGAUACCGGACAUCGGUCGGCUCAACCCGAUGCGGCUGGCCAAGCUAAUCUGGAUCAACAAUCGCACCGUCACGCUGAUGCUAGCGGACGGUUCCGAGACCCGGUUCAACGUGUAAACGGACGCAUGUUUGACCGCAUGUUUCCGCCGCAAUCUACAUCUAUCUAGUUAUUCUCUAGCUCAAUUUGCUUAGGUGGUAAAUCGUGACGAUCCGAACUGUUGAUUUGGUUUUGUGAAUGCGCCUGCGAUCGCUGGUACACUGCAGAGCGCACCAAGCCGCUUCCCCUUUCCGCUCUUUUAUUGCCUAACUAGGUGUGAAUAUUUACGUGCACAUAUAUUUGUUGAGUUGUUGGUAAGUUUAUUCCUUCCUUAAGUAAUGAUAUAUAGUGGUCGAGAUCGAUUGUAUUAGCAAUAUUCCCGCGAAAGCGCAAGCAUUAUUAGUGGAGCAGCGUCCAGAUGGUUAGAGCGGCAGGUCACACUUAUGCAUCGUCAUCGUCUCCGAUGCCGACAUUCUUGCAGCAAAAGGAAAGAAGAUCAUCAUCGGUGGCAGGGCAUGAUCAUGGUUCAGUGAAAGGUGGCCCACAACUCGAAACUCGAGCAGCGCGAGAUAACGUUUUGUCAGAGGAAUUGCAUUAACUAAAUGGUUUUUUACAAUUCGAUGGGAAAAGGAAGGUGAACCAAACCAAAAAGACAUUCAGUUUGUUCACCUUCGCUAUGUCAUUUUGCUUCCUCUGCUUCUAAUCUGUAGCGGCAGUUUGGGGGACCCGGUUUUCGUUGCAAAAAUGAUACACACGGUGUACGAAACGGGCUGGUUGGAUGGAAGAACACGGUUGGACAGCGAGCCUGCGGCGUUGAUUCCAAUUAUGACGCGAUGAACUUAUAUAAUUAUGCAAAUUAGCUCGCUUCUCCACCUUUCUUUCUAGACGGAAUCCCGAAAGACCAGAACGAAGGGGAGUAGCGAGGGAUAAAGAAAGAGAGAGAGAGAAAGGGAGGGCAUACAAAACGUAAUCUUGUGAUUUUGGAUAACCAACCGUUUUCGGCCGAUGUGUGUCCAGCCGUUGUGGUUCGAUCUUCUUCUAGUUGACCUAUAUAUUUUCGUUCGAGAAGCGACGUUUCCUGUUGCCCUGCUGCUGCUGCUGUUGCUGAUCCCUGAAGGGAAUCCGGCUGCGCGAUCAGCGUCGUAGAUUCUGUCCGUCGGGAGAAUUGUAUGCCUUGGUUUUUUGGGGGAUCGGUGGAUUGUGACCUAAAUCAUGUCAUGCCAGCUCGGGGGAUGGGCGGAUGCUUUUGUUCUUUUUGUUUGUGGCCAAUCUGUUUGCCGUUUCCUCCAUAUUUUUGCAUUGGCAGCAGAUUAAAGCAGCGCAGCAGAAAGGUAUUAAUGGGCAGUGACCUCUGGCGGGCGGAUGUGUUUAUUAUACUUAAAGAAUCACGCAUGGGAGGGAGGGUCGUUUUAUUGUAACAUCGCUGCUUCACGGAAUUUCGUUGUGGCUAUCGCUUGCUCUCCGUUAGUCCUAUGGCUGAUAUAUAAAUCCAACGAUUAUUAUUAGAUUAAAAUGAUUAAAAAGAAAAGAAAACUCACACGAAACACUAAUCGCAUAGAAUGUUAAACCCGAAACAAAGUUGAUGGAUUCCUACCCGGCCCGACUGGGCCGUUAACCCCAUACCAUGUUGACAAAGUAUUACUCUCGUCCGAGUACAUAGAUAUACACAUACACACAACUACGCAAUAAUGUAUAAGAACCUGUGUAAUUUAUUUGUUAGCAUAUUGCAAAGUAUAUAACGAUUAAACAAAACAAUAAAUCUAUGAAACGGAAAGACAAUACA